GCCGAUAAUACGAUAUCGCGAUCGCAGGAGUAUCGGAGUCCGCGCCAUGUUUUAACUUCCACGUAGUGAGUGCCGCGAAGCAGACCGAUCCUUCGAAAUGUUAUGACAAUUAUUUUCAUUUUUUAUCAUGUUGGUGUAAAAUGGAUGACGACGAUAGAAAGAAGAAGUUAAUUGCUGGCAGGGAGAGGCUGGCAAAGUUUCAGAAACAGAAGACCUCUCCUGAUAAGAAAGUGAAAAAGAAAAAGAAGAAGAAGUCCCCAGCAGAGCAGGUAGAUGAUGGUCUUGGUGGGGCUAAUGGAGACAGUGACCUGAGUACUCCAGGACCAUUAAGUGAUGACUCUUCUUAUGAUCAAGUGGACUCCAGCUUUGCCAGUGAUUUCUCAUCACCAUUGCAUUCCGAGGCUGAACAGUCCUUUGAUGGAGAGUCCAUUGGUGAGGAUUCUGAUAGUCACCUUGAUGUUGCAUCCCCCAUCCACAAUGCUUCCUCGGACCGCAUCCUGGAGCUGGAGGAGACCUUGGAAGGCAAGGUGCUCGCUCUGAGGAUGAUGCAGCAGGAGCUUGACGAUGCCAACAAGUCAUUGGUAGAAGCUAAGGAACACGCCCAGUCCAUCACGGCCCAGGCCGAGCAGCAUGCAGCGGGAGGGUCUCCCCGUGGUGGUGGUGUUGGGACUGGGGAUUCCCCACCCUCGAACAACCUUGAUGCCCACCAACAAGCUGGCGAUAGCCAUCAUUGGCAGAGUGCUUCCAUCCAGCCUGAAGCUUUAAUGCAAGAUAGAGAGGCAGAAUACAAAGCAGCAAUAGAACAAUAUAACCUCAAGAUAAUUGAAUUCCAAACUGCAUUAGCCCAAAGAGACGAAAUCAUCAAGCAGCUGUCGGAUAACAUGCAGGGCGCCCUCCAGAGUCGAGAUGAGGUACAACGGGAGGCCACUAAUCAGGCCGAGAACCUGUCGCAGCAGAUACAAUCACUACAGUCACAACUCAGAACGGCUGGAGAGACUUUACAGAGCCAAGGGAAAACUCAGGUUGCUGAAUUGGCAGAGGAACUGACCCAAGCUCACCAUCAGGUCGUCAAUCUCCGCCAAACAGUAGCUGAUAAAGAUGCUUUGAUGCAUGAACUUGCCAAUAGAUACUCACAAAAAUCUGAGGAACUAUUUGAUUUGAAAGAGGAGAAGGAGGCUCUUGUGCGGGAGCAUGCUGGUGAGGUGGCAACCCUGAAGCAUCAGGUCGGUGAGCUUAGGGGAGACAGUAGUGUCCUCCCAAAGGAAGAGACGAUCGAGAUGCUCCGGGCAGAGCUGGAUGAAAGUUAUGGAAACCAGAUGAUGUUGAUGAAGCAGCAGCUUAUGGAGAACCAUCACCAGGAGACAGAAUUGCUGCAGCAGCGCUGCAAUGAGCUGCAGGUUCUCGCCAGAACUAAUACGGGAGCUGCUGAUGCAGAAGUUGGUGCGCUGAAGAAUCAGCUGGAGGCAAAAGCAAAAGAAGCGGAAGCAUUCAAGGAGCAACUUCAGAAACUUGUUACUGAAUUUUCCAGACAGAAUGAAGAGAUUGAGCAGAAGCAUGCUGCUGAUAUUGAUAUACUCAAAGCAGAGUUCAAAGUUAAGAUGGACGAGAUGGAGAGUGAGAAGAAGGUGGAGCGAGAGGAACAGGCAGGAGUGGUAUCCGCCAUUACAGAUAAACUUAACCAAGUUUUAAAUGACAACAAAGAACUAACUGAAAUCCGUGACACUUAUGAGGGGCAGAUAUCCCGCCUUGUGAAACAAUUUGAAGAAAUGCAACAGGCCAAUGAGAUGACUGCUGAUGCGAAUGCUCUUGUUCAGGAAGAACAAAAAAAAUACGCUGAAGAAAUGGAAGAACUGAAGGAGCAGUUAAACAGGAUUAAUGAGGAUAACAAAGAACUUACUCAAAUCAGGGAAGCGUAUGAGGGGCAGAUUGCAAGAUUGAGUUCCGAAUUGGAAAACAAACCCAACUUUGAUGCGGAACCUGAUACCGAUAAUAAGAACAAAGAUGAACGUCUAGCCCAGUAUGAAGCACAAGUGCAGCAGUUGGAAAGAGAACUGGAAUUAAGCAAGGCAAGUGGACCUUCCUUGGAAAAACUACAGGAAAUUCGGGAAGAAGUGGCAGCAGAUGUCAAGAUGGAUUAUGAUGAUCUGAUUGAAGACAUGAAGUAUGAUCAUGAAGGGCAGUUGAAGAGACUCAAAGUUCAGCUUGAUGUCGAGUAUAAAGAUGACUUGAGAGAUGCUACUAAAGCCGUUGAUGAUCAAUUUGAGCAGAAGGUCAAGAUGGUUCAAACUGAAAAAGAGCGAGAGUUUGUGCUCGAACUCCAGAAAGUGAGGGCUGAGCUUCAAGAUCAGUAUGACAAAAAGUUGCGUGAGGAAUUAGAAAAAGAGAGGUCCAAAACACCUACAGAAGUGCAUGUGCCCGCCGAAGUAGUGACUGAGGAUGCUACUCAAGGAAGUGGGGUUCUUACUUUAAAGACUGAUUUGAUGUCCAAGCUACAAACUGAAGUGCAAGACCUGUCUGAAGUCAGGGAUGAUCUUCUUGAACAACUGGAAGUAGCCACUCGUGACCAAGAAACAUUGAGAGAGGAGUUGGCCGCUGCAACUUUUGAAAAGACCAAUUUGAAUGCUGAGGUAGAACAGCUGAAGGAUGAAUUACAGAGUAUACACUUCCAGGCUGACACAUCUAUUGAUUCGCCUUUCUAUGACAAUGAACGAGAUGAUCUUAAUGAUAAGCUACAGGUAAUGAACAGUAAAUUGCAAUCUCAGGAGCAGGAUCACGAGAUAGAGGUAUCAGGUUACAUUGCCAAGAUUGAAGCUUUGAAGCAAGAAAUGGCGAAGGCCACUCUGGCUCAUGAUCAGGAAAAAGGUGAAUUAGAUAACAAGGUCCAAGAACUAGAAUCUUUCCUGAAAGAGACGGUAGACCGCCCUUCAGAAGAGUUGCAAGGACUUGGAGAAAGAAAUGCAAAUCUUGUGUCUGAGAUUGAAAGAAUGCAGAGUGAGUUGACCGAUGCAAAGAAUUUUAUUGAGGAACACAGUAAAAGAGCCACUGAUCUUGAAUCAAAGAACGUGUUGUUUGAAGAGCAGGUCAAAGAUCUUGAGAGACAGUUAGCAUGUAGUGGUCAUGAAAUGGAAGGCCUCCAAGAUGCUAUGACAUCUUUACGGGAAGCACAAAAGAUGGAGAUACAACGGCUCAGCGAAGAGAAGACUAGAUUGGAGGCUGACUUAGCAGAGGCGAAUGAUGAGAUUGAAAAAAUGAAAAGUGAACAAUCUGUAGAUACCAAUGAUGAUGCUACAACAGAGCUUGAAGAAAGAUUAAAGGAAGUGGAAGAGGAGAAAAGAAGAGUGGAUGAACUUUUGGAAAAGGCUGGAUUAGAAUUGGACCGUCUGAGGGAAGAGGUUGAUCAGUCAGAGGAGAAAAUACAUGAUCUUGAGGGGGAGGUUUGUAGACAAGCUGCUGAGAGAAAUGACCUGGAUGAUAAAAUGUGUAUUCUGGAGAAAGAGCGAGAUCAGCUGCUCACAGAGAAAGAAGAGUUGCAGCACGGGCUUGAAACUGAAGAGAAAGAACGGGAGAGCCAAGUAGGCGAAUUGGAAUCCAGGAUAGCUUCCCUUUGUGAUGAGGGAAAUGCUGGUUCUGAAAUGGCAAGACAAGAGAGAGACAGUGCCUUAGGAUCCUUAGAUUCUCUCACAGGUCAAUACCAAGCCAUAGAUGCCAAGAAUAAGGAAUUGGAGUUGCAUGUGGCGAAUUUGGAAGAACAACUGAUAAGGCAACAGUCAAUGCAGAUUGUGCGAGAUGUUGAAAUCAUGGCACAGAGGGAGACCUUUGAGGAAGCUGUAGCUAAUUAUGACAGGCUGAUUGGUGAGUUGAAAGCUGAGAAAGAAGAAAUCAGGUUGGAGCUUGAAAGGCAAGAUACAUCAAAUGAGCCUUCUCAUAUUCCAACCCCUAUUGAGGAAGAAUUGAUAGUUGCUGGUUCCGUGGCCCCUGUGGCUGCAGGUGUGCCAUUAGCAGGUGAAGUUGAAGAUUCAAUUGAUGGAAGAGACUUUGCUAAUUUACCAGGUGAACUUGAGACAACAGUUGAAGCAUUCAAAGAUGAGAAUAAUGAUUUAAAAUCUAAGCUUGCCGAAGCCAAUGAUGAGAUAGAAUUCUUGGCGCAAAGGGAGCAUCAGCUCAAGCAAGAAUUGGCAGCUCUGAAAGUACUACUUCAAGAAGGAGAGGAAGAGAAAGAAGCUCUUGAAGAUCUCAUUGAAGAAGAGAAAGUGCAGAUCAAAGAGUUGAAACAGGUUGAUGAAGAGCUCGAAAGAGAAAACCAGGAGUUGAAGGAUGUUAUAGAUCGUCAGCCAGAGGUGCUAGAUGAUCAGGCAGCAAUUGUAAAUGGUCUGGAAGAGGAGGUGUCCAAGUUGAAGAAAGAGCUGGAGGAAAAUCAUGAGCUGUAUGAGAGAGAAAAUGCACUUCUCAAGGAGGCUUUGCAAGAGGAGAGAGACACAACUUCAAGGUUACUUAAUGAAGGGGAGUCACCCACAUCGAGAGGCUCUCUCUUGCAAGAAAUUAUUGAUCUGAAGCAGCGCCUUGCUCACAAGGACCAGACAGAGCAUGAAAUUCUCACAGAGAAGAACCUUCAGAUAGGUCUCCUGCAGGAGACAAAUGCCAAGCUAGAAGAGGAGAAGAAUGACCUUAGCACAAAGAUCAAUGACCUUGAGAAGCGAAUGCAAGCAUCUGAAGCAAUAUCUCAAGAGGUCCAAGACACCUUUGGAAGACAGUUCCUGGAGCUUCAAUCUGAACAAACGGCUCUUAAGGAGGAGCUGGCAAAACAAAAGGAUAGCGAGAAAGGACAGACGCUUGAUGAACAGGCUCUCAGGGAGGAGGCUCUUCGAUGUGCCAAAGACAUGUUGCUCCAGAAGCUGGAGGAGAAGGAGGCAGUGGAGCAACAGAUGAUGGAUGAGAAAAUGGAGUUGCAGACACAAUUAAACAAUCAACAGAGCCUUGAGGAACUACUGCAUGAAAAAGACAGAUUAGAGCAGGAACUCGCCAGGCAGAAGAGGUCCCUACAGACUGAAAUUAAAGAGCUGGAGCAAAAGCUACAGGACCAAUCCAGGAAGCUUCAGAAUGAAAAAUCUAAUCUUGAGUCAGAGCUUCAACAGAAAGACUUUGAACUGAGGAAGUGGGAAGCCAGCUUCAGAGAGCAACAACUAGAAUACAGGAACAGGGAAGCUUUUGUCAGGAGGAAAUAUGAUAAUAAGAUGGACUCUCUGCGGACGGACUCGGACACGGAGAUGGUGGCCCGACUGGAGGGCAUGCGACUCAUCCUGGAGCGCCAGCACGCGGAGGCAGUGUCCCGGCUCCGAAGGGACCUGGAGCAGGAGUUCAGCUCCAGGGAGGGGCUCCAGGUGGAGAAGCACCUCUCGGAUAUCUCCCUCUUGAAGUCCCGCCAUCAAUCACAGCUGGAGGAGAUGAAGGGUGAGUUUGAAUGCCGUAUCCAAGGCAUGAAGGAGGAGCUUGAGGAGGAGAGGAAGAAGCAGUUGGGAACGAUCAAAUCCAUUCAUGAGAGAGUGAUGGAACAGGAUCAAGCCGAACAUGUACAGACUUUACAGGAAUUGGAAGACCAACAUGAGUGGGAGAUGGAGGCUCUGAAAGGUGAAUUAGAUCUGAAACAGAGAGAGAUAUUUGAGGAAAUGAAAGCAAAGAUUGAAGAAAAUCACCAGAAAGAGAUUGAAAAGAUCAGACAACAAUAUGAGACCAAAUCCCAAACAGAAGUGGAAGCCAUCAAGUCCAGUUUGGAACAAGUGUACAUGAGCCAGAUGGAGACCUUGAGAGCUGAGAUGACCCACGAGAAGGCCCAGGCCAUGAAUGACCUUCGUCAAGCCCUCAUAUUGGCUAAUGAGGAAGCAUUGAGAAGGAUGGAGGAAAGCUGGGUUGCCAAACUGGAGGAGGAGAGGAAAGACCUAGCCCAAAGAACUGGUAGGAGAUUAUGAUUAUCUUAAUAUUAAUUCAGUUUGAAAUCAGUACUGCCUAAUAAUUCAAAUGAUGAUGAUGAUGAUGUUAACAAUGAAAGCCGGGUCAUUAAACUGAGAAGAAAAACUUAGUCCAAAGAACUGGUAAGAGAUUAUAACUAGAUUUUAAUUCGUCAUGCGGACGAAUUAGGUGGUCUGUCCUUAUUCUCGCCAUCAUGAUCACUAUUACCAUGUUCAAGCAGAUCAAUAUGAUCUUCAUGAUGACAACGGAAUGUUCAUUAUGGAUGGAAUACUUGUGAAAGACGGGAGAUGAUAAAGCACUGUGAAAAGGGUCUCUUUGAUAUAUGAAAAUACAUGUGAUAUGAAAAAAGUAAUUAUAAUCUGUUUAAUCUGGCUAAAUUUUAACUUUCAUACCUUUUAAUUAUCAUAAAGGAUCAUGUACGAGGUAUU